AUGAGUGCCAUCUAUCGUUUGCAAUGCAAGACUCAGUCUUAUGAUUGGGGCAAGUUGGGUGAUGUCUCUAAAGUGGCUGCUUAUGCACAAGCUUCAGGUACCACCAUUGAUACCACAAAACCUUAUGCUGAACUUUGGAUGGGCACCCAUCCCAACGCGCCUUCUCUUGUGUUGGAGAACAAUACCACACUUGAAGACCUCAUCAAAAACAAUGUUGGACUCAGCACAAAGGUUGUGUAUGACCAAUACCAUGGUGAUCUUCCUUUUCUUUUUAAGAUCCUGUCUAUUCGUAAAGCAUUGUCUAUCCAAGCUCAUCCUGAUAAAGUAUUGGGUGCUCGUCUCUUUAAGGAAUUCCCUGAAAACUACAAGGAUCCCAAUCACAAGCCUGAAAUGGCUAUUGCACUAACUCCUUUUGAAGCAUUGUGUGGUUUUAGACCUUUAGAUGAGAUAGCUCAUCACCUCAAGAUCUAUCCUGAACUAGCUGAAUUGGUGGGUCAGGAUGUAGCUCAUGCAUUGAUAGACACAAAGGAUCAAGACGAAGCCAAGAACAAGACAGUCUUGAAACAACUGUUUUCGUCUUUGAUGCAUAGUUCUGAGGAACACGUCAGUCAAUGCCUCUCUCAACUGAUUCAUCGUCUUCAAAAAACACAGGCACAAGACGCCAUGGAUCAACUGUUGGUCCGUCUUGACCAGCAAUAUCCUGGUGGUGAUGUAGGUGUCUUUUCUUGUUUGUUAUUGAACUAUGUGUCCAUGGCACCUGGACAAGCUAUCUUUUUAGGUGCGAAUGAACCUCAUGCUUAUUUAUCUGGAGACUGUGUCGAAUGCAUGGCAACAAGUGAUAAUGUAGUUCGUGCUGGUCUUACGCCUAAAUUCAAAGAUGUUGAUGUGUUGGUUGACAUGUUGACGUAUCGUUAUGGUUCUGCGGAAUCUCAAAAGAUGGCAGGCGAAAAAUUCGCUGACCACUCUCUCUUGUACGACCCUCCUAUUGAUGAAUUUGCUGUGAUCUGGACAAGCAUGACUUCAGGUCAAACAGAACAACAUCCCUCUAUCCAGGGCCCCAGUAUCUUGAUUGUCACAUCAGGCAGUGGCCAAUUGACAAGCCAAGAUACGACAUUUGAGUUGAAAGAAGGCUAUGUUUAUUUUGUGGGUGCAAAUACGCCUAUGGCUGCUCAAUCUGAAUCUUCAGGUUUAGAAUUCUAUCGUGCUUAUGCUGUAGCCACUGAAUAA